CACUCCUCCGUGCUGUACCCUUCAAAUGACGUCACGUCCAGCAAACGCGAUACGCAUUGAGUUUGGAGACAAGAGAAGAACGGGUGGCUCAUUGCGGUAAAAAAAAAUUGUAGUAGGCUGGAGACGGAAGAGGGUCUAUUUUUACUAAGAGACUGCUGUUUUUUACACCAAACCGGGAUACUAUUCAUUUAAAGGUAAUUGUUCAGCUAGAGGAUGAAUUUUGAGCAGCCCCCUCCGUACCCAGGCAAUGGCCCCUCUGCUCCAGGCUACCCGGUCCACGGCCAGCCUCCACAGGGCUACCCUAAUCAGGGUUACCCUCCCCAGGGGUACCCAGUGAACAUGGAGCAGCCUAAUCCAGCUUACCCCAACUACCCUGCAGGACCGAUGGGCCCCGGAGGCCCUUAUCCUGACCAAGGACAGCCUCCUUAUGGGUACGGUGGACAACCACAACCACAGUUUGGCUGGCAGGGGGGACCCCCUGGGCCAAUGUAUGGGGAGGCUCCCAAAAACACAGUGUACGUGGUGGAAGACAGAAGAAGAGACAACUCUGGCUCGGAUUCGUGCCUGACGGCCUGCUGGACAGCUCUGUGUUGCUGCUGUCUCUUCGACAUGCUGACAUAACUACUCUCCAAUUCCUGUUUACCCCCUCGCCCCCCCAUUUCUGUGCCUCGAACCUCAUCACCCUUUCCUACCCCUCCCCCCUUUUAUCUGCCUUAAACCUCGCACUCCCUCAAAACCAACCCUCCGUUACCUCUACAAGUAAUUUUUCCUCGUCUAUAAAUAAAAAGCCUUGAUUCAAUAUUGAAGUCUCAGUCCGGCGCCGCUUACUGGGCGUGAAUCCCUCACUGACGCUGUGCAGGGGCUACUCUGUAGCAGCUUGUAACUGAGCUAACCUGAAAGUCAGGCUCUUCACUGUAAUCUAACACCAACACACCAAGGAUAUACACACACACACACACACACACACACACACACACACACACACACACACACACACACUAAAGUAGAUACAGAGCAACACACACAUAAAUAAACUGUGUCUCAAUUUGAAUACUUAUUUUAAUACACUGCAUGUCAUACAAACGCACAGGGCUGCUGUUAGCCACCGUUAGCUAGCUAGCCAACGUUGACGUAAGUAGUAGCAAUCACUUCAAACCGCUCAAUUAACCCAAUAAAAUGAAUGGUGGCCUCUUUGAGACAAUUGUAUAGUGGUGCGUUUAUUAAACAGUGAAAACAAACCUGUAUAUCUUUAUUUAUAUAGUGCUGUGUUUACUGGAGCAAUCACGAACGGUCGCUCACUUCCAUUACGAAGUCAAUAUGGCGGUCGAUGAGGAUGAAAAGUGUCCAGUUUUCCACGCUCAACUUCCUGACUGUUAUGAUUACACCAUCCUGGUAUUCAGAAUGCACUGCAUGUUCCAUACUUGGCAAAGGAACCCACUUAGGCACACAAAACGGCUAGUGUAAGUACAGAAGUACGCAUGUUGAGACACAGCAUCACAGUAUACUUAAAUCUCAGGCUAAUCUAGUGUGAGGCUCUUCGGCACUUUAUAAUGAUUACCUCUGUAAGAUACUCCUGCCUGCCCUGUCAACCAUCCCUUAACUCCCCUUCUGCUAGUUCCCAACGCCAAGGGCAACUCCUUACACUGCCCCCCUCCCCCACCCCCACCUAAAGGCCACCACCAACACCCCGGCUGUUAAUGAGCCACAGGGCGCUCUUAAGAAGCUGAUGCUUGAAAUGUAUCCCUUUCAUUUGCACAGAAGCCGUUUUUGCCGACGUAUGUCUUCAGGUGGAAUCAUAUGACGAUAAAUGGAAUGCAUUUUUUAAAAAGAUGACAGUGAUUUAUGUUUGAUUCCUGUCAGCAGUCGAUGGCCACAAUGUUUUUUUUUUCUCAUUGUGAUCUUGAUAUGAAAAAUGAUUCCAAUGUUAUUUUUAUUACAUACCUUGGAGAUAAAACUGGAAAAAAAAUAAUAAAAAAAGAAGAAAAUAUGAUUGCUUAUAAGAAACCAAAUGAUCUGUCAGAUGCCUUUUUGCUUUGGAUGACUUGCAUUAAAAUAAUUUAUUCCCAUGAAA